CCCAGACAGCCCAACGGAUACAACACCGUCGUACAUCAUCGAAUCCUUGCUCUUCCUCUAGAGCCCGAACGCCACUGUCUAACUACUGUCCUGUACUCGAGACACCGACCGAACGCCGAUUGUCAAAAGAGUGUUGUUCGAGUACUAGGACACAAUCAAGUGAAGAGAAGUACACAAAGCUAACCGCGGGAAUCCAUCCAAUUUCUGGGAAGCAGAGGGCCUUGAGGAUCGGUCGGACGUUCCCAGUAGUGCUAGUAAGAGUACUCGAACCAAAGCUACUAGAAGGAAUCCGAAGCGGGUUCUAGGCGCAAACAAGAUGAUCGUCGAGCGCAAGAUCAAGGUUGUCACAGAACAACACAACAUCAACAAGCCGGCGGCACAGGAGGGCUACCCCAUGAAGGAGUGGACGGUCGAGCUCUAUAUUCUCGACCAAGAUGGCAAGGAGAGGCCCGCCAGGUGCUUCACGAAGGUGACCUACAACCUUCACCCUUCGUUCGCGAACCCUAUCCAGACUUUCAACGAUCCUCCCUUCAAAUGCACCAACGAGGGCUGGGGUGAAUUUGAGAUGAUCAUCGAUAUGUACACCACCGAGAAAGGCGGCAAGAUCUCGAUCGCGCACGACCUGAACUUCCAGCAAUCAGAGUACGAAAACAUCCAUACCGUCACCUUCCGUAACCCAUCUCAGGCGCUCCAGCAGCUCCUGAGAGAGACGGGUCCCUUGCCCUCGGACGAGGAGCGCAAGCAGAAGAAGGCGGUGGACGGCGGUUCCAAGAAGAAGCGGCCCUACGACAUCGAGCGUAUGGCGGAUGGCUUGACGAAGCUGGGCGAGGAUGACCUCCUGCAGGUCAUUCAGAUGAUCCACGAUCACAAGGAUGACAAUACGUACAUCCAGAACAACCUCGAUGCGGGCGAGUUCUCGGUGGAUCUCUACACUCUUCCUGACAACCUCAUGAAGAUGCUCUGGGAGUUCUUGGUCAAAGCCAACGUAGUCUCAUAGUACGACUUCCUUGGUCCAAGGAACCUACAGUAGUCGAUGGUCAUCGAUUUACGAAGUCAUCAGGGACGGGGACAUUCUUUCUUACUAGAUCGCAGUGCGCACCAUACCAUACCCAGUACACCACCACCCUCUUUAUUCACUAUUAUUGAUCCCUUGACACUUCCAUCCACAUCAACAUCAACCACCUUCACCAUCAUGCCAUUAUAGCCUUAGGCUUCUUCGGCUCCUGCAUUAUCAUGGCGUUUAUGGAGUUAUGGUGGGAUAC